CAUAAAGGCUAUAAUGAUUUAUGGCAAAAUGAUUGACAGGAUUUAAAUCAGAAAUCAUCAGGAAAGAUGAAGUAAAUCAAAAACUAAAAGAACAGGAAGAAGGUGUGAAAGAUUAUGUUGAUGAAAAACUGAAACAAAAUUUAGAAGAAUGUGUACAGGUUUACAUGAAAAGUAAAGAAAUGGAUUUCAACGAGAAGAUUCCCCCUAAAAUUCAAGAAAAAUAUGAUCAGCAUAUAGAAGAAUGGAAAAAUGACAACGAAAAGUUUAUUGUAACUGAGGCAACUAAGCAUAUAGAUGACAAACUAUGGGCAGAUAAUUGCGUUCUUGUAAUUGGUCGCCCGGGAAGUGGAAAGUCCUCAAUUAUUCGACACAUUGCGCUCAGGUUAAGCAUGGAAGACAAGUAUGAAAUAAUUCCAAUCGUAUUGAGCCCGAGUAAUAUAUUAGAUUAUCACAACGAAAACCGAAAACAGGUCUUUAUUAUUGAUGACUUUUGUGGUAAGCUAGUUAUAAAUGCUCAGAAUGUAGACGUGUGGUCUACUCAAAUCGAUGAUGUUUUGAAACUCAUCAAAUUGGAUAUAGACCAGCAAAAUGCGAGGCCAGGAUUUGUAAAAUUUCUGUUUUCAACAAAUGAAGACAUUUUCAACGACAAAGUCUUCGGAAAUCGCCUUGAAGAAUUGACACCGUUUUGUUGCAAACUCUCAGAGAAGCCUUUAAAAGACGACGAAAAAUUACAAAUGAUUAAGAAAUAUAUAUCAACCGAGGAAGCAAAUAUAAAAGAGACCAUGAUAUCAGAUGAAGUAUAUUUUCCUCUUCUCUGCAAAAUAUCAGAAGGCAAAACGGCUGAUCAGAUUGUUAAGUUGUUCAGCAAUUUAGAUGAUUUCAUCAAACAAGAUCUAUUAUCACUUAAAGAUACCAGUGUUAUACAGUUCUGCAUUAUUACAUUAUGCGCUUUGUUUGAAAACCGUUUCAAUGACGAAAUGUUAAAUGAAAAUUUUAAAUUUGCGACAAAUAAGGAGGAAAACGCUUUCAAAGAAAUUUGUGCUGAAUUCAAUUUAGGUCUUCAUAAAGAAUCAAAUAAAAUGCGUUUAAAAGAACAACUACAAUCAGUUGAAGAUACUUAUGUUUCUAAAACUGAGGAUUAUUAUAGUCUUAUACAUAGCAAAGUAUAUCAAGUCGCAGAGAUUGUAUGUGCACAAUCAUUCAUAAAUUGCUUUAUUAAAUUUGCACCUAGUUCGUUUAUUGCUGCACGGUACCGCUUUAAAUCGACCACCGUAGAGAAAAACGACAAUGUAGUUUGGAUAAAUGAAGCCGACACCGAAAAAAGAUAUUUCAAUAGAUUGUUUAUGGAUUUAGAAGAGGGGAUAACCUACAGCACAUUUCACAAUGCUCAGCUCUGUAAUGUAGUGUACAGGGAAAAGUUCUGUUCCUACUGCAAGAAGAGAAAAGAGAAGCUUACAGAACUUCUUCUCCAAAUAAAAGAAAGUAACAAAUCCUUACCCCUGAAUGAACAAAGUUCUCCUGAUGAAAAUGCUGACUAUGAAGACUAUUUAGAUUUUAAAAAGCAGUAUCACUUCAUUUCUCACAAAAUGCGAAAGCCACUUAUCGAGUCAGCAUGGGAGGGAUAUAGUGAAAUUGUCAAUAUGCUGUUAGAAAUGGAAUGUGACAUUAACGAGACGGAUAAAUUUGGAAGAACAGUCUUAUUUGUUUCUAGUUAUCUCAAUAAAACCGACGUUGCCAAAACAUUAAUAGAAAGCGGCGCUAUGCAUGACAUGUGUAAUGAAAAAGGACAAUGUGCGUUAUUUAUUGCUUCUAGACAAGGUCAUUACGAUAUAGUAAAAGCUCUUCUUCAAAAGAAAGCUAGUACAGAACAUUGUGAUUUAGAUGGGCACUCAUCGCUGAUAGAAGCAUCCAGAUGUGGCCAUAAAGAUAUUGUAGAAGCGUUAUUAAAAUCAGGGGCAGAUAUUUCAAAAUGCGAUAAUAUUGGUAGGUCUCCCCUCUUUUUUGCGUGUUUAAAUGGACGAAAGGAUGUUGCAAAUGUCUUAAUAAGAAACAAUGCCAACGUCAACCAAUGCAACAAAAAAGGAUUAUCACCCCUCUCAGUAGCUUGCACGAAAGGAAAUGCACAUUUGUUAGAUAUCCUUAUUAAAGCAAAUGCGGACAUUUCAAAAGUAGAUAGUGAUGACAGAUCACCCUUGUUUAUUGCGUGCGAAGAGGGGUUUGACAAUGUAGUUGAUAUCAUGAUAAAUAAAGGUGCAAACAAAACGCAAUGUGACUGGCAAAACAGAUCACCCUUAUUCAUUUCAUGUGAAAAAGGUUAUUAUAACAUCGUUCAAUCUCUGAUUAAAGGUACAUCUGAUUUGAUAAACCUAUGCGACGAAGAAAGUAGGUCGCCAUUAUUUGUUGCAUGUGAAAAGGGAAAAGUUGAAAUUGCUAAAAUCUUACUAGAAAAUGGUGCAAAACUUAAUAUUUUCGACAAUAAAAAUCGUUCCCCAUUUUAUGCUGCUUGUCGAUCUGGUUACCUUGAGGUUGUCAAGCUUUUAUACACCAAAGGUGGUGCAACAGAUGAUUGUAACAUAUGGGGCGGUUCACCUCUGUUCGUUGCUAGCAGAGAAGGUCAUUUUGAUAUUGUUGAAUUUUUAAUAAAUUUAAAAUCGGAUGCUUCGAAAGCAGAUUCAAAUGGGAAGACACCGCUAAUAGUAGCAUGCGAAGAAGGCAAUGUGAAAAUAGUCACGUUUUUGAUAGCAUCUGGUACCGAUGUUAAUCAUUGUGAUAAUGAAAGAAGAUCUCCGUUGCAUGUUGCAUGCUUUGGUGGAUUUGCAGAUAUAGUUACAUCGCUUAUAGAAAACGGGGCGGAUAAAACUCUUUGUGAUAUUGACGAACACAUUCCUUUAGAAAUAGCUCGUAAAAAGGAAUUCAAUGAUAUUGUUGAACUUUUAACUUAAAAUUUACUGUAACUAAAACAAUCGUAGAAAAACAAUUUUUUUUUUACGUUCAACAUGUGAGAAGUAUUUCGAUAAAAAUUCAGAAUAAAAAAAACCUUAGUAGACAGAUAUACAUGAUAUAAGUAAACUGGGGUUGCGGAUAACAAGUGGAUGAGAUACAAAAACGUCAACUUCGGAUGACAAAUGGAUAAGAUACAGAAACGCCAACUUCGUAGUUUCCGCAGCCAUUAUCGUUGUAUACUUGCUAGGAGUUAAAACCUUAUGAAUAUAAAAUCUAAUUAUUGUACGAAUUUCCAGUUCGUGUACAUCUGGGUUGCUAAAAUUCUGCUUAUAUGUUUUUUUGUUUGUUUUAUUUUUGUGUGGAAAUAAUUGAAGUAAAAUUGAAGUAAAAUUGAA